AUUCUAUUCUUUAGACUGUUUUUAUUACCCAAACCAGCUAGGUUGGGAAAUUCCCUUACACAAUAUAAACAACAAGCCCUUGAAACACUGAAGUUUAAUUUGAGCCACUGAGUUAAUGGUGGCGCCUUACUAGAAGGGCCCUGGCCCCUGGGGGCCUCUUUUAGAAGAAGUACUGUAACUACUCAUGCAAGAGGGGAUGUACAGUUUAUACACAGAGAGGUUGUUGGUGCUUUUAUCGAAUAGAAUUCAGUUGGUGAAGCGUAAAACCAACCCACAAAGAUUGUAAUAAUUGCCAAAUUGAUCUAAUUGAAGCAUUAAAAGAUGGAUAAAUUCAUUACCAGCAUUCGCCGGAAGUACAGAGAGAGAUCCUUAAAUCGUGAAGAGCAAUGGCCGCCAGUUUCUGGAGACAGGCUUAUCAACUUGCAGUUAGUGGAGGCUGAAAAGAAAGAAGGAUUUAGAGCCGGCUUGCCACAACAUGGUGCACCUGAUGAUAAGGUCAAACGUACUCCAUUUCUCCAUGGCGACCUAUUCCGAGUCAAAGAAGGCAAGAAACCAGUGAAAAAGAUUAUCGUUGAGGGCAAUGCUGGGAUUGGUAAAACCACACUGUGUACUAUGCUUGCUGAAGGGUGGGCAGAGGGCAAGAUCCUGACACAAUUCGACUGUGUUUUAUUGAUUCCACUGAGAGAGAAUCGAGUAUCCUCAGCCUCAAGUCUCGCUGAGCUGUUCAAACUUCUCCACUCCAGUGAAAGGAUCCGCACACCUGUAAUAGAAAAGUUGGAGGAUAGAGAGGGAGAAGGUGUCCUCAUCAUAGCUGAUGGCUGGGAUGAGCUCAGUGAAGUAAACCGUUCCAAAGUGUCCUUUCUCUAUGACCUUCUCUUUGGUGAUGUUCUUCCAUUUGCUUCUGUUCUUUUGACCUCCCGACCUUCUGCUUCAGCUACUCUUCACGACCUUCCUUCUGUAGACCGUUUGGUUGAGGUAGUUGGCUUCAAUGAUGAGAAUAUCAAACAGUACAUAGAAUCGGAGUUUAAACAAUUCCCCAAAAAAGCUUUUUCUCUUAUCAAGCAGCUUGAGAACAACCCAGCCAUUCAGAGUGUGUGUUCUGUGCCCCUCAAUUGUGCCAUUGUUUGUAACUUGUGGCAUACUUCAGACCAAGAGCUUCCUUGUACGCUAACUGAGCUGUACAGUCAAAUUGUUCUGAAUUUUAUCCUUCGCAAUAUUAAAAAGUACUUCCCUGCUUGUCCGUUUAACCUGAAUAGAUUUGAUAAGAUUCCGAGUGAUCUACAACACACAUUCUGGUUGAUUUGUGAGUUUGCCUACGAGUGCUUAUUACUAGAUCAGCUAGUUUUCUCAGAAGCUGAAUUGUCCUGUUGCUUACCCGAAGUUGGUGACAAGUUGCAGUGUUUUGGUCUGCUGCAGUCUGCACGAUCACUUCUACCUGUUGGUCACGGCUUGUCAUUUCACUUUACUCACCUGACCAUCCAGGAGUUCUUGGCUGCCCUCCAUCUUGCUACUCUACCCAAUGAGGAGAAACUGAAGGUUGUUGAAGCUCAUGCUGACAGUGGCCGGUUCAACAUGAUAAAGAGAUUUAUGUUUGGUCUUGCUAGUAAGUACCAUGGUAGUCAUAUUGAUAAGGUGAUCAGUUUGGAUGAUGGUUUGAUGGAUCAAUUUCUGGUGGCUAAAGAGUUUAAAAUGUUGGAUUUAUGUCAUGUGGCUUUCGAAGCUUCGGACCCUAGAUUCUCAACAAAGGUUUGUCAAAUGUAUGGGAAAAAUUUAUUAGAAGGUAAUUUGAGCACUCCCUUUGACUGUGUAGCUAUGUUCUAUGUUCUUCGACAUGCUGCAAAAUGUGAUGAUAUGGUUAUCGAAAUAUCCAAUUGUGCAAUCAGUGAUAAGCUGUUGAAGGAACUAACUGACAUACUUUCCAAUGCAAAUGGUAAACUGCAAGUACAAGAAUUAUCCCUCCAACGGACUAAGUUGUCUGGCAAAGGUGUUGCCGAUCUAUUCAAGAGAGCCUCAGCUGCCUUUACAUCUUUAAGUCAUCUCUAUUUGAAUAGGAACUUCACUGACGUCAUGUCACCAUUCUUGCACGCAUCUUGUAUGAGCCUCACACAACUGGACUUAUCCCACAAUCCUCUUGGAGUGUCUGGUAUACAGUCAUUAGAGACAGCUGUACGUGCAGGAGUUCUCGCUAAUCUAGCAUUGCUAGAUUUAUCCAACACCCUCACUGGCGAUGCUGACGUCAACGGAGCUCUACUGACCACCCUCUUACAGUCCAUUGCCUCUCACUCUGCUGAACUAGAAUACUUACAACUCUCUGAUAAUAAUCUUGGUUUACCUGGAUGGUGUUCAGUUGUGGAGAACAUUCCGUUAGGAUUGAAUCACAUUAUAUUAAGAGCUACCCAUUUUACGACUUCAUUUCACUCAGAGUUUCACUACAUAGUCACCUGUGAGAUGCUAGAAAUCCACCCUAACAGUUUAACAACAUUGUAUUUGAAAGGCUCCAAUUUCAGUGGGAGUGCCGGAACUCUCUUACUGACAAAGUUUUUUCAAGCAUUUCAAUCACUGGAACACCUUGACUGCUCUCACGGUUUUCUCACCUCUGCCGACAUCAUAAUGCUUAUCCAUCAUCUCAAGUCCGCUAAUGUGAUAUGUAAGAGUUUAAUGACAUUGUAUCUCAGCAACAACUCCAUUGAUGAUGAGGGAGUGAUAGCUCUCACUGAGUGUCUACCAGAGCUGUUUCCUAGUCUGGACAAUUUAAAUUUUAGUAACUACCUGAGUCUGUAUGGCAUUAACCUCCGUGGUAAUCCUGUGAGUGAGGAGUUGAUACAUAAGUGCAACGAACAGUUGAAGGCCACACGGGAAUCAAGGAAUUCUGCAGUACUGAAUGAGUGGGAGAAAACAUGUUUACCUCCACGAAAUGAAGAGAUGAAUUGUACAUUCCUUUUUCUUUGGGAUACGCUGCUGGCAGAGAUGAUUGACAUGGCUAGAGAGAUCUCUUCCACUGAUUAUGACAGUAACUCUUCAUGGUAUUUCACUAACGAGCCAGCGGAAUACAACCCAAUCGUUUAUGAGGUUGUGGAUACAGUGGACACUCCUAGUGAUGUCACUGAUCCAGACACUCUCAUCAAUGAACAGAGCUUCUCUCAAGCAUCACCAGUAGAGCACCACCCCACAGCUAGUGACGAGGCUACUUGUACUACAGCGCUGCAGUCUACCCACAGAACAGACCAACAUACAAGAACCUCUACUAUAAUGACUGAUGCUAUACCAUCUGGUGCCACAGAAGAAGGAGAUACCUCACAAGAUGUCCUCACUUCAUAUCCACAAACCAUUCACUCAGGAGCUGAUAGACUGUGGACUGUGACAAUUGAGGAAGUGAAGGAGCGUACAAAAGUGACCGACUCUCAACUUGACACUGAAAUUAAAGAAGUUGACAUGUUGGACCUGGCAGCUCAUUUUGACAAUGUGGAGACCUACCCUGUGAUGUUGGGGCUGAAUCCUGCUGAACAGAAAGACGUUAAAUAUGCUUGGUUCCUCAAUGACAUGCAAACAGCAAUGUUUCAUACUUUAAAAGUGUGGAGACAGCAUAAUCCAGGUGCAGCCACGUACCGAGCACUAGUGGACAUUGUACUGGAUAUGGGAAUGGAAGCAUUGGCCACUUAUAUUUGUCAGUCAGCAGCUAGGAAACCUGUGGGAUGCAACAGGAUCUAACUUUCCUUAAACUCUUAUUGUGUAUGUCAUCAUUUGAGACUUGAACUGUCUUCCUAAAUUUGUGCUGUUGAAGAUUCUUAACAAAUUUUAUUGACUUUCUGUUAA